AUGGCGAGGGCGGCGGCGGGUGGAGGCGAGGGGGAGCCUUCCGGCGGGGCGGGCACCAGCGGCUCGGUGCUUUCGGAGCUGCAGCGGGAGAAGCGGCUGGUGUGCGUGGAGUACCCCGGCGUGGUGCAGGACGUGGGCAAGACGCUGCUGACCCUGGGGGGCGAAGAGGAGGUCUCUCGGAUCUAUGCCGAUCCCACCAAAAGACUUGAGCUGUAUUUCCGUCCAAAAGACCCCUACUGCCACCCUGUGUGCGCCAAUCGCUUCCCUACCUCUUCCAUGGUGCUUAAAGUGAAAAAGAAAACGAGGAGGACACAGACAGAGGCCGGAGGGCUAGAAGAAGAAAUUGACUUUGAAGUGGAGAUACUUGGUGUCAUUUCCACAGUUUAUAAGUUUCAAGGUAAUUUGUUCAGACACCUUUGGAAUUUGUUUGUAAAUAAGCCCUUGCAUCUGCUUGUUGUACAAUAUACAUUUUUGGUGUGUUUUCCUUCUUUACUCUGUACGAUCUCUCUUGCAACCACCCGCUAGGACAGUUUAUGAAUGAAAGAUUAGGGUCACACGGCACUUUGGAUUCAAAGAGGAAAAGGGGACUCAGAAUGUGUGGGGAUGCUCAAGAAAUCUUUAAAUAAGUGUCAACAGGUGGUAAGUGUGCAUCCAAGCACAUUCCAGACUCACCUGGGAAUUCUGCAUAUUGGAAGAAGGAAAAAGUGAAUCACUUUUGUAUUGUUGCAAGGAAAAUUACACUGUUGCGGCCAGAGGGUCACCAGAAAUUAAGGCCAACUUGAGGAAGACUUACCUGAUGAAAUACCCAAACGCGCAAGAUAAAUAAUGA